GGCGGGCGCGGAGCGGAGCGAGCAUGGCGGUGGCGGGCAGGGUGCUGGUGUACGGGGGCAGAGGCGCCCUGGGGUCGCAGUGCGUGCAGUACUUCACGUCCCGGAACUGGUGGGUGGCCAGCAUCGACCUGGCGGCGAACGAGGAGGCGAGCGCCAGCGUGGUGGUGCGGGUGACGGACUCCUUCCCCGAGCAGGCCGAGCAGGUGACAGGAGAAGUUGGAAAACUUCUUGGUGAAGAAAAGGUGGACGCAAUCUUGUGUGUAGCAGGAGGAUGGGCUGGAGGCAGUGCCAAAGCUAAAUCAUUAUACAAAAAUUGUGAUUUGAUGUGGAAACAGAGUGUUUGGACAUCCACUAUUUCCAGUCAUCUAGCCACAAAACAUUUGAAAGAAGGAGGCCUCUUGACUUUGACGGGAGCACAAGCUGCUUUAUCUGGAACCCCAGGGAUGAUUGGCUAUGGCAUGGCCAAAGGAGCAGUGCACCAACUUUGUCAGAGUUUAGCUGGUGCCAAUAGCGGCUUGCCAUCUGGUUCUGCUGCUGUUGCUGUUUUACCAGUUACCUUGGAUACGCCAGCGAACAGGAAAUCGAUGCCUGAUGCAGAUUUCAGCUCCUGGACAUCCUUAGAAUUCAUUGCUGAAACUUUUCAUGACUGGAUAACAGGAAAGAACCGACCAAACUCAGGGAGUCUAAUCCAAGUGAUAACUACAGGAGGGAAGACUGAACUAGUUGCAGCACAUCUUUGAUGUCAGUCACUUACGAGACUGAGCUUCAGCAAAGGAGACUCUGAGAUUGGGAUUCUUCACCUAUGGAAGAUGUCUGCUAGUAUUAUUUUGGAUGAUUUUCUGUAUCCAGUGAUUGUUAAUUAUGUCACUUGUGGAACCAGACUCCAAAUACUAUUUCUGUGCUGUCAGUUGCUAGCUAUCAGCAUUUAUUUACUAAAUAUUUAUCUCUAAAUGAAAGUUGCAGGUUUUAAAGUUCUAAUCCUGAGCAUUAUAUAACAACUUACCUCUUUUCUCUGAAAUGGGAAUUGCGCUUUAGUAUGUCAUGUAAUCCCGUAUAUAAUGGUCAGAUUCUUUUCUCUGUUAGUAAGUCUUUUGGCAACUUUUUGUAAAUGUCUCAACAGUCUUUAUGUGGGAAUGUAACCACACCAUUCUGUAUUGUGUUGGCAGUAACUAUAGGAAUCAUUGGAGUCAUAUAAUGUCCUAGUUGUGUAAACUUUUUCAUGUGAACAUUCUACUGGAGUUGGUGGAACUGUAUAGGGAUUAAUCCUUUGAGAAGGAGUUCCAAAUUUGCCUUACAGUUUAUAAACUGCUAUCAGGUCUACAGUUGUAGGAUAACACACUCGUUUUGCCAGAGGGUUAGGUAUGUCUUUGUAUUACUCAUGAUGGUUCUUUACUUUUUGAAAAAGCAAAGUGCCCUAAAGAACUACAACAAAAAACAUACAUGUUUCAACGUGGAGUAUUUCUGUGCUAAAUAAAUAUAUAUGGUUUUA